AUGAAGGCUCGGUCCUCUGGGUUCAGAAGGCUCGGUCCUCUGGGUUCAGAAGGCUCGGUCCUCAGGGUUCAGAAGGCUCGGUCCUCAGGAUUCAGAAAGCUCGGUCCUCAGGGUUCAGAAGGCUCGGUCCUCAGGGUUCAGAAGGCUCGGUCCUCAGGGUUCAGAAGGCUCGGUCCUCAGGGUUCAGAAGGCUCGGUCCUCAGGGUUCAGAAGGCUCGGUCCUCUGGGUUCAGAAGGCUUGGUCCUCAGGGUUCAGAAGGCUCGGUCCUCAGGAUUCAGAAGGCUCGGUCCUCAGGGUUCAGAAGGCUCGGUCCUCAGGGUUCAGAAGGCUCGGUCCUCAGGGUUCAGAAGGCUCGGUCCUCAGGGUUCAGAAGGCUCGGUCCUCAGGGUUCAGAAGGCUCGGUCCUCAGGAUUCAGAAGGCUCGGUCCUCAGGAUUCAGAAGGCUCGGUCCUCAGGGUUCAGAAGGCUCGGUCCUCAGGGUUCAGAAGGCUCGGUCCUCAGGGUUCAGAAGGCUCGGUCCUCAGGGUUCAGAAGGCUCGGUCCUCAAGGUACGCGAGCUGGACGCAGUAUUCCGGGGCGACAGUGGUGUUUGUUCUGUGGGAGGAGACUCGGGGGUCCAUCGUGAAGGGGGUUUGCGAGGGGCCUUUGUUGUGGUGGCGGCGGACAAUGUGGAACAGGCCUCGGUCUGUCCCAAAGCUGCAGACGUUUAA